UGGAACUUUAUAGCAUGAGCUGGAAUUUGAAGGAAGACCUGCGAGAUUAUUUGGUGGCUGCAGCCCCCUACGGGGGUCCCAUUGCCCUGAUGAAAAACAAGAAGGAGAAAUCUCCCAGCUCCCGGCCUGUUUUAGAGAUCUACUCUGCCUCGGGAAUCCAGCUGGCCAGCGUAGUGUGGAAGGAUUCUCCGGCGAUGUUCCUGGGCUGGACCACCAGCGAGGAGCUGCUCAGCGUCCAAGAGAACGGGAUCGUCCUUCUCCACAGCCUUUUCGGCGAAUUCAAGAAAAAAGUCACCAUGACCAGCGAGGUGAUGCAGGAGCGUGUGCUGGAAGCCCGGGUGUUCUACACAGCCUACGGCACCGGCUUGGCCAUCCUCUCCGCCCUUCAGCACCGCUUCAGCCUGGCCAACAACAUCUACGACAUGAAACUACGGAAGCUCCCCAGCGUGCCAGGUCUUCAGGGCGCCCCCUCCUGCUGGACGGUCCUUUGUCAAAACAGGGUCAGCAACAUUCUCCUUGCGGCUGGACAAGAAUUGUACCUCCUGGAUGACGCAGCUUACAAUCCGGUGACCCUGCCUGGGCUCAGCCCACACGCCGGCUCCUUCCUCAGGAUGGCCGUGUCGUUCAACCACCGGUUUUUGGCGCUCUUCACCGACACCGGCUAUGUCUGGAUGGGCCGGUCGAACUUAAAGGAAAAAAUGGCUGAAUUCAGUUGCGACUACCGAUCCCCCCCCAAGCAGAUGGCCUGGUGUACGCGACAACACAGCCAGCAGCGUGCCGUUGUGAUGGUCUGGGACCGGUGCCUUGUGGUUGCUGGAAGUGACCAGCAAAGCAUUCAAUACCCUCUGAGUGAGGAUUCGCACCUGGUCCCAGAGCUGGACGGGGUGCGCAUUUUCUCUUGCUCCACCCACGAAUUCCUCCACGAGAUCCCAGAGGCCACUGAGGAGAUCUUCAAAAUUGCCUCCAUGUCGCCCGGGGCCUUGCUGCUUGAAGCGCAGAAAGAAUAUGAGAAAGAGAGUCAGAAAGCAGACGAAUACCUGCGUGAAAUCAAGGACCAGAAGCUGCUUUCGGAGGCGGUGGAACAAUGCAUUAAAGCAGCCAGCUACGAACAUUCCCCUCCCAUCCAGAAAGCUCUCCUCCAGGCUGCCUCUUUUGGGAAAUGCUUCAUUGACAAAUUUUCACCGGAAAACUUUGUCGAAACCUGCCGAGAUCUGCGGGUGCUUAAUGCCGUCCGAGAUUACCAGAUUGGGAUCCCUCUCAGCUUCGAUCAAUAUAAACAGCUGACCAAGGAGGUUUUGCUGGACAGGGUGGUUUUAAGAAGACUCUACCCAAUCGCCAUCAAGAUUUGCGAGUAUCUCCGCCUCUCCGAAUUCCAAGGGAUAAGCCGGAUUUUGGCCCACUGGGCGUGUUACAAGGUUCAACAGAGAGACAAAUCGGAUGAAGAAUUAGCCCAAGUCAUCAACCAGAAACUCGGCGACGCCGUGGGCAUUUCGUAUUCGGACAUCGCGACGCAGGCUUACGAGAGCAAUCGGGAAGAACUGGCUAUUAAGCUGCUGGAAUAUGAACCCCGGCCGGGAAAGCAGGUGCCCCUUUUGCUGACCAUGAACAGAAGGGAGCUGGCCUUGACCAGAGCCAUCGAGAGUGGAGACAGCGACCUGGUUUACACCGUCAUCUCGCGCCUGAAGGACAAACUCCCCCGGGGCGAUUUCUUCAUGGCUUUGCAGAACGAGCCCGUGGCGUUGAGUCUCUAUCGUCAGUUCUGCAAACACAAGGAGCCCAACACACUCAAAGAUCUCUACAAUCAGGAUGACAACCACCAAGAACUGGGCAACUUCCACGUCCGUAGCAGCUACGUCAGCGAGAAGUCGAUCGAGGGGCGUGUGGCCAGUCUGCAGAACGCAGUCGACGAGUACUACAAAGCCAAGAAUGACUUCGCAGCCAAGGCCACCGAGGACCAGAUCAAGCUUCUGCGUCAACAGCGUCGCUUCCAGGACGACUUCGACAAGCCCUACGUGGACCUUUCCCUGCAUGAGACCGUUUACAACCUCAUUCUGGACGGGAAGCACAAGUUAGCCGAGCAUCUUUACCGGGAUUUCCGGAUCCCCGAUAAACGGUUCUGGUGGCUGAAGAUCAGUGCCUUGGCGGAGCAAGGGGCCUGGGAAGAUCUGGAGAAGUUCUCCAAGUCCAAAAAAUCACCUAUCGGCUACUUGCCCUUUGCGGAGAUCAGCAUGAAGUACGGCAACCGGAGCGAAGCCAAGAAGUACGCCGCCCGAGUCACCCCCGAACAGAAAGUCAAGGCUUUCCUCUUGGUGGGGGAAUUCAGCCAGGCGGCCGACGCCGCUGUGGAGCGCAAGAACGAAGCGGAAAUGAUGCUCAUCCUCUCCAAGUGCACCGACGCCACCGUGGCCGCUAAACUGGAACAGGCGAAAGCUCAACUGGGAAAGAAAUGAGGUCUUCCCACCGUUCCCGGCGACUUCCGAUCUGUUGGAACUCUUCCGCUCUGGCCCAUUUCCGGAAGCAGCUUUGCAGCCUCUGGGGGUUUUGGACUACAGUCCCCAUCCUCCCCAGCCAGCACCGGAGCCCUCUAGCCAAUGCGCCUGGAUGGAGGGCCACCAGGUUGAGGAAGGACUUGGGGAAGAUUUGAUCCGAGAUGCGUUAAUGGGAUGCCCUGAUUGUUGGGGGUGUGUGUGUUUGUUUUGGGGUGACUAAGGGGGGGGAAAAAUCACCCUCUUCUCUUCUCCUUUCUUCCUUUUUCAUCCCUCCCUUUUCACCGUUUUAACUUUUGUUGGCUCUUCUGCCUUAAGGGCCGCCCAACCGCCUUUCUUCCUUCUACAAUCAUAGGCUCCUGUAUCCGCCCUGCUUCCAGAAAAUCACCUCUUGGUGCUCCAUCCAUUUGGAACAGCAAAGCAACCAGAUCGGGGGAAACGGGGUGGCCUUUUUGGGGGUGGUGGUGCCCCAAAAGUAGCCCAAUAAUUUAGUAGGAAUUUGGGAGAAAUGCAGAGAAACAAUUUCUGGGGGUUUGUUCCUUAUUCCAUCAUAAUUUAGAGUUUAGAGUUUUAUUAUUAUUUAUAGGCCGCCCUUUUCCCUGAGGGGACUCAGGGCGGCUUACAAAAUAUAGGGAAUAAUUUGUCCCAAACUAUUUGGGGGGGGUGUGUGUAAAAUCCAACGGGGGGCAUUUCGAGGCCGUUUCUUUGCCCUCCUGCAUCAAAUCAUUGAGCUGAAAGGUUUGACGUUUGGCAAGAUUCUUGGUUAUCGUCCUCCGCCUGCCCCAAAUUUCUGAGCGGCCCUCACAAUGCUUUCGUUUUUCAAUGCAAGGCGGAUAUUAAAAGUUUUCUCGGAAAUGA